ACGAUGGCUGUGAUGGUGGUGACAUGGGCGACGCCCUUGACCACAUAAUAGAGAAAGGUGUCCCGAGUGCCGCUGCCUACCCGUAUGCCGGAAGGAAAGGGACUUGCAGGGGAUACAUAAAGGCGUACAUGAAGAUCCACUACUACACUCCUUUCGAGAAUGCAACACCGGAGGAAAUUGAAGGGCAUUUGAAACACAGUCCGCUACCAUCGGUUCUCUACUCUCCGAGAGAGCUACAGUACUACGUUUCAGGAGUAUACGAUUCAGCCGCUUGCAGAAACGACAAAAGAUUGAUCAAUCACGCUGCUGUCAUCGUUGGACAAUACGACGAUGCUUGGAUUGUCCGGUUCAGUGUAAUCAGUGACUGGGGUUUACAGGGUCAUGUCCUAAUCGCUAAAGGAAGAUGCGGAUUAGGUCUUCAAAGCUAUGAAAUAAACUCCCCAUUCACAAUAAUAAAAUGAAGAGUCGCCCGUAGAAGUUGAAUGUUGAUAAGUGUCAUAAAUCAUCUCGAAUUCAUGAACUGUCUGGCUAUGCAUCGGUUUAGAAUUCGCAGAUCAUCUUAUUUACUCUGCUUGUGCCAUAGGAGGGUUGAUAGGAACCCUCCCGUAACUGAAAGGAAGUUUUUCAAAUUCAAAAACCUAAGUCGCAGUUUUACCUAUCGAAAAAAAAAACUUGACAGUACUUCUCACGUGAAAAGCUAGUCAAGUCUUCUUACUAACACGUCUUCUUCGUGAUAUUUUUACAUGCUGUCAUGACCAAAAAUCGUGG